AUGCAUGUCAUCAGGUGUGGAGGGGUGUGCAUCUCCACCCUGUAUGAACAUGACACAUUUCUCCACGUCAGGUUGAAUCCUGGCAUAGACAGGGCGGAGGAAUAUCUCAUGGCAAUGCUGCAGGUGCCAAUGGGACAUACACUUAGUCCAGAGGAGACAAAGCUGCUCAUGAACCAGACAGUACAGCAUGUCCAGGAUACACUGAGCAUAUCGGAUGAUGUUGCUCGACACCUCCUCAUGCACUGCAAGUGGAAUGUGGAUUUCCUGAUCCAGUGCUAUGUGGAGAACUGUGAGGCCCUGCUCAUCUCAUCGGGGCUGCAAGUGCAGGAUGCCCAGCCUCCCCCAAGCGCUGGAUCCCACUGCCCAGUCUGUGUGAACCAGUUGUGUCCCACUGAGGAACCACCAACACUCUGCUGCAUGCACUACUGCUGCAAGCCCUGUUGGAGCGAGUAUCUCACGACUCGCAUUGAACAGAACAUGGUUGUCAACUGCACUUGUCCCAUAUCUGAGUGCCGUGCACAGCCAACUGCAGCCUUCAUUUGCACCAUUGUGUCCUCUGAGGAUAUUAUAGCCAAGUAUGAAAAAGCUCUCCUCAGGCGCUAUGUUGAGUGUUGCUCCAACCUGACAUGGUGCACCAACCCUCAGGGCUGUGAUCAGAUCCUCCUGAAGGAUGGACUUGGUUAUGGAGCAGCCUGUUCCAAGUGCUCUUGGAUGUCCUGUUUCAACUGCAACUUCCCAGAGGCCCAUUAUCCUGCCAGCUGCAGCCACAUGUCUCGGUGGGUGGAUGAUGGUGGAUACUAUGAGGGAAUGACAAGUGAAGCCCAAAGCAAACAUCUGGCUAAGCUCAUUUCGAAGCACUGUCCAAACUGCCAAGCUCAGAUAGAGAAAAAUGAGGGGUGCCUGCAUAUGACAUGUGCAAAGUGUAAUCAUGGCUUCUGUUGGCGUUGUCUCAAGCCCUGGAGACCAAAUCAUAAGGAUUAUUACAACUGCUCUGCUAUGGUGAGUAAAGCAGCUUGGCAGGAGAAGCGCUUUCAGGAUUACAAUGAGAGAUGUACCUUUCAUCAUCACGCAAGGGAAUUUGCCAUGAGUCUGAGGAGCAGCAUUUCUUCCAUCAGAGAGAUGCCAAAAAUGAGGAAUUUGACCUUUGUUCUUGAUGCCUGUAAAGUGCUAGAACAGGCAUGGAAGGUGCUGGCCUACUCCUGUGUGUACAGCUACUAUAACCAGGACACUGAGAGCAUGGAUAUUGUGGAACAACAGACUGAGAGCCUAGAGCUGCUCACUAACGCUCUGCAGAUCCUCCUGGAGGAAACCCUGCUGCAGUACCAGGACUUGGCCUCUUCUCUUCAGUUCCUGAAAGCAGAGCAGUUCAGUGCUGGUUUGGAGUUGGUACGCCAGAUCAAGCAGCGUCUCUUUGCAAUUCUCUGGCACUCCACACAGGAUUUCCAUGUUGGGCUCCAGACUUCAGGAGAUCCUGGUCAGAGAAAGUUAAAACUCUCCAAUGUGCCUGCUUCAGCCCUUGCCUGUAUAGGGCAAAAACGUACCGUCCCGUGUGACUCCCCCAACACAGAUGAAGGUGGCAAAGAAGCUGAAGAUGAGGAGUAUGAUCCACAGUGGCAGGAAGACUAUGAUGACGAUGAUGACCUUGAAGAUGACAACUUCAUGUUUGAUAAUGAGUCAGAUUGUGAUUCCUACUUUGAUGAUGAUGAGAGCUAUGACUAG